AUGAACAACUUCGCCAAUUCGUCUUCGCCUUCGGCUCAGCAACAGCAGUAUAAUAGAGGGCGGUCGGAGACGUUGCCCACUUCCUUUUUCUCACGGAGUCAAUUGGCGCCGACGGCGGGUUCUGCAAGCAAUAAUAACUAUUUCAUGGCGUCUUCGCUCACGGACAGCCCCAUAAACAUCAAUGAGCCUGGUGGGGAUCUUCUCGGUGUGCCCAAGGAAAUCACCAUUUCCACGUCGCCUUUGUCGAAUCCGCAUCGCAUUAGUGGUGGUGGAACCGGCUCCAAUUUCGACUCGCUAAACCACCUCCAAACUCCGCCGGCCAAUAGAGUUCGGUCGGGCUCGCUUUUUUCGUCCAAUUCGAUAUGGAACGACGAGAUGCACACCUCGAAUGGCACCAGUUUGAACUCCGACUCCAGCGGCAACUUUUUGACGCCGCCGUUGGACUCAACGACGCCGUCGCACCAGCAACAGUCGUUCCCGGCAAUUAAUAGUUCGCGCAACAGGUCCUACACCAUGAACGUGACCCCGCACCUUGCAUACGAUGGUGCCUCGGCUGCGUUUGCACCCAUGAAUGCAAAGGCCGACGACAUGAACUCGCUCUUGGACUCGUACAUGAGCAACUCGAGAAAUAGAUCGCAAACAGUUUCGGGAAGCAUCCCCGGUGCGAGUUUUGAAAUCAACCACAAUGGCUACCAGAGCUCGCAGUCGGCGCAUUUUGCUCCUGUUUUUGAAAAUGAAGACGACUUGAGACAGUCGCAGCAAGAUUCAAAAGCAGACCUGAACCUUUUGCAUAUAAUAACAAAGCUUGCACCGAGCAACGAUUUGAAGAAAAUUCAUUCCAUCAUCAACAAAUGCGCUGCCUACCAUAAGGACCAGUACCAAGAAGAUUUCGGCCCUCUCCCAGAUCCGAUUCCACAGAGGCAGUUUGAUUCCCCGACACUAAGGGACUUGAGAAAGUUGUUGGAGAGCAAGGAGUUGGGAACAUCCGAGCGUUGCAACGACCCCAACUUGUCAACUUUAAAGUUGGACGAGUUGGCUCUCGCGAUGCUUGACGAGUUGCCAGAAAUUUGCUACGAUUAUUUGGGAAACACCAUUGUUCAAAAGUUAUUCACCUUGCUCGAUGACAAGUUGGUAAAGUUGAUGAUGGUUAAAGAAGUGGCUCCCUAUUUAACUCAAUUGGGCUGCCACAAGAAUGGAACAUAUGCGGUGCAAAAGAUUAUAUCCUUGUCCCAGGGCCAGUACCAGCAGAUGUACUUGAUUGGGGCCAGCUUGAAACCGUAUGCAAUUAAAUUGUUUAAUGACCAAUUUGGAAACUACGUGAUACAAGGAUGCAUCAAAUUUGGCUCGCCUUACAAUGACUUUGUCUUUGAAGCAAUUUUGGACAACUUUUUGCAAAUCAGUUUUGGUAGAUACGGAGCAAGAUGCAUUAGAACAAUCUUGGAGAGUAGCCACGUGGAACCUAAUGCCAACCCUGUUCUUUCAAACGACCAAAUUGUUUUGGUUGCUUCGCUUAUUGUUCAGCACGCCGAGGAGUUGGUUGUCAAUCCCAACGGAAGCUUGUUAAUCACUUGGUACUUGGACACGUUCAAUGAUUGCGAAUUCAAAGUGGAAAUGCUCACCAAUUGCCUCUUGCCGCAAGUCAAACAUUUAUGCGUGCACAAGUUGGCAAACUUGACGGUGUUGAAAUUGUUAAAUAACCGUUCCGACGAAAGAGCUAGACGACAAAUCAUUGAGGCGAUAUUCCAGGACCCGAAAUCAUUGGAGUUUAUUUUACAAGAAAACGACAACAGCAAUUUGAAUGCAGGCCCCGUGUUCAUCUUCAAAGUGUUGAGCAACCCCAUACUAGCGGAGUUGGCUGCACCUUACUUGCCCUCAAUCAAAAGAAUAUUAAUGGAAAUCAAUAUCGUGAAUUUCCACAACUAUAAGAAAUUAAUGGACGAAGUUGGCUUGUCGAGUAGUAGGUUCAGCAGAAACUCGUCAAAGCGUGGUACAGCAACCAGAAGAAACAGAGGACGGUACGACCAAAACCAGGUCUAUGUCCAAAAGCAAUACCCGCAGUCAACUCCACCCGAAUCUCAGCAGUACCUUGCCAUGCACCCACCGCCUUUCCAGUAUUUGAUGAAUCCACCUCCGCCAAUGUACAUGAUGCCCUACUACCCUCCCCAGGCUGACCGCGGAUAUAUAUCGCCACAACAAAUGCUGCUGCAGGAUUUGGCAGUCAUGCAGCAACUAGAGCAGUUGUCCAUGAGUAGCGCUGCACUUGGAUACAACUCCAACCCUGGUACCCCAACCAUGCAGAGAAAUCUGUACAUUUAG